GCUGGGACAGAGACACACACACACCACAGAGAGACAGACAGACAGUCAGAGACAGAGAGACAGACAGGGAGGAGCUAUGGUCCUAAACUGGAAUAUAAAACAACUACAGACACGCUGCACACACCAUGGACUCUGAGUCUUUGGACCGCUGCAUCCAGUCCGCUCUGUCCUCCCUCUACCCGCCCUUCCAGGCCACGUCCCCGACUGUCCUCUGUCAGGUCCUCAGUGUGGUGGAGAGCUGCUACAGAGGAGACGGCCUUCGUUACCUGAUCCACUUCCUGCUGCCUGCUAAGCAGUUCUUAGAAAACAUCCAGCAAGAUGCCUGCUUGCAGUACUGUGGUCUGUUGUUUCGUCAUGAAGGCUGGCCUCUGUGCGUCCAUGAGAAGGUAGUCGUGCACCUCUGUCAUCUGGACCAGCACGUCCUCCGUCCAGGAGACUUCUACCUGCUGGUUUCUCCUCCUGCUGCUGUUCCUCCUGCUCUGCCCCGAGCACACGGCGCCUCCUGCAGGAGUGCUGUCACAUCUUCCCCCCGUCUACUCUUGUGCAGCUUGUCAGCCGGCGUGCGUCAUGUGGAGCAGCAGGAGGUGCAGCAGAUAGCCCUGCGGUCCCUCUUCAGCAUGGCGUGGCUGGACUCAGUCAACAGGGAGCGGGAGCAGCGAGGAGCGUCCAGGCUGGAGCGCUGCCUCCUCUCUGCACACGGAGACGUGUUCAGGGUCCCCUGGGAGGACCUGGUCUACCCACAGUUCAUCAGCCGGCCCCGGGUCUCCCUGAAGGAGGACAAGGAGUCGUCCACUAAGGAUGGAGAUAUGCUAAUUAACACAUCGCACAACCUGCGUGGAGAUCCUGACUCCUCCAGACAGGAAGUGAAGCUCCUCCAAUCAGCAGCCAGCAGCGAGGGCGAGGACUCAGAGGGCGAGUACGUGGAGCUGACGGAGCUGCCCCGCUUCUCCCCCCAGAAAGGCUCCUUAACCCAGUCCAUCAGUCAGCAGCACCGAGCCAGGACCAGCACACACACACCUACACACACAUGUCACAAUUUACACACACCUGCACACACACCUCACACUGCCGCACACACACCUCACACUGCCACACACACACCUCACACUGCCACACACACACCUCACACUGCUACACACACACCUCACACUGCCACACACACACCUGCACACAAACCUCACAACAGUAAAACACACACUGCUGGUACUACACACUCCUCCUGGCCCGCUGUGGACGUCAGCUCUGGGCUGUGCUCCAGGUUGACUGAGGAGAAGUUAAAGCAGGACUCUUGUGGACCCGUCAUCCUCACCCCCAUCACCUCCUCCACCUCCUUCUCUGCUCCUCUUGAGGUGGAGGGAACCUCCAGCCUGACGUCACAGGAGCAAAGAGGAGGUACUGACUCAGACAGAGGACUGAGGCUGAACUCUGAACAUGAACGCUGCACAGAACAGAGAAAGGAAGAGGAGAAGGAGGAGGAGGAGGAGCAAUGGAAAGGGGAGGAGACAGAGGAAGAGAGGGAGGAGAAAGAGCUGAUGGAGAGACAGGAGGAGAGAAAGGAAACAGCAGUGACAGAUGAUGAAGGUGAAGAGAAGGAAGAAGAACAGCAGGAGGACACAGAGCGCAGGAAGGAUGAAGAUUUACUGAAUGAAAGUGAAGAGGAAGAGUUGGAUGAGGAGAGAGACGAUGAGUUAGAGGAGGUGGAGGUAGAAGAGGAGGUGCAGGUUAUAAUUGUACCACAGAGUCAAGACAGAAGGGAGGAGGAGCAAGUGAUGACACAAGAAAAGAGAGGAGGAGGAGAAGAGGAAGACGGGAAGGAGGAGACAGGAGGUGAACAAACGCACACAGAUGAUGAAGCUGACUGUACGAACACACACACACAGGACUCUUAUUCUGAAAGGAACACAAUACAAACACACUCUGAGGACUCUUAUUCUGAAAGGAACACAGCACAAACACUCUCUGAAGACUCUUAUUCUGAAAGUCAGACUGUACACACACAUACUGAAGAGUCCAACUCGGCAGUAAUGGACACAGACUCAGUUUGGACUGAACCAGAGGAGUCUGUAAACAAACCGGAAGAGCACAAAGAAGAGAAGAAGAAAGAGGAUGAAGAGGAGUAUGAUGAAGAGGAGUGCGUCUGUGAGGAGGUUGGUGGAGGAAGAACUGCAGAUCUUCAGACUGAAGGUCUCACCAGUUCUCCUGUCCAGUCACCUGUCAGUGUGUCCACUGGUCCCAGUUCAGCAGAAUCACAACAGCCAGCAGCAUCUCUGCAGCUACACCAGUCAGCUGCUCCCACAGUCCCAGUACAGUUCAGCCAGUCCUCCCAGUUCUCCCAGUCCAGCUUCUACAGUGUGCUGCUAAGAUCUGGAGCUCUGUGUCUACCUGGAUCCAGAGACCGGAGUGGUCGAGCUCUGCUGACCAUCUGCACCAGGAGCUCCGUGUGGUCGAACCCUGACUGUGACAGCGCAGAGCUGCUGCGCCUCCUGCUCUACUACACCUCCACCCUCAGGAAAGAGGUGGGAUCAUUGGGGCUGAUGGUGCUGGUGGACGCCCGCGGAGCUGCUCCUGUCCCCGCCCUGUUCUCCGCCCUCAGGUCCCUGCAGGACAACGUCCCAGGAUCCAUCCACACUGUGUUACUGCUGGUCAACAAGGACUCGUCUCUGCGUCUGGACAAACCUGCAGCCACACAGGUGACGUCGUGGCUGCAGGAGGUCGGAGAGGUUCGUCUGAAGAGUCUUGACGAACCCGAAGAUUCUCUGGAGCUUCUCAACAGGAAACAAGAAGAAUUCAAAGACUUCCACACGACUGCAUAUCAGGAGUACUGCAGACGAGGCGAGGCGUUGUUGAGUCGUCUCGAGCGUUGGGGCAACAUGUCGUCGGCCGACCUCCAAGUCUGUGAGGUCAAAGUUCAUUCUUUCUGGGCUCAGCUGCAGGACUUCUCCCAGCGGGUCAGCGCUACGGGCCAGAGCAUCGAGCGGGCCCUCCGACUCUACAGCUUCUUAGACCAGGCAUAUGGCUGGGCGUUGGAGGGUAUGCGUCACCUAGCUGGUGUCAGUAUGGAGGAGUGCACGCUGCCGGACAAAUGCCAGGCUGUGAUUGGCUGCCUGGAAGAAUACCAGCGCCAGCACCCACCAAUCCCAGAUGAGCGCUUCCAGGACAUGAAGGUGGUGGCUGGCGAGCUGCGGGGGGAGCGAGGCCUCCGUCAGUGGAGCUUCGCUUGGUCCAAGUGUCAGGAGACCAAGAGGAUGUUCGACAGGAAGAUGGAGGCGGCCCUCAGGACACGGGACUCCGCCCACAGGCCGCGCUCUGACUCUGCCCUCAGCAGGAGCUCCGCCUCAUCCAGGAGAUCACUGUCAGGACUCUGGGGGAUCUUUGAGACCUCCUCCUCAUGUCCCCCCGAGCAGAACGCCUCCUCACCUCCUCGUAACCCCUCCUCCCCCGUCACCCCCCAGCACACGCCGCUCCUCCAGCGUCUGUUCCGCAGCGUCUCCUCAGACGAGUCGUCAGACCGGGGGGAUAUCUGCUCCUCCAGCCCCAGCCUCCCCCGCCUCGACUCUUUCGCCAGUUCCACCCCCCCCUCCUCCUCCUCCUCCUCCUCCUCCUCCUCCCUCUUCUCCUCCAGCAGACGGCAGCAGCUGAGAAAGACUCAGAGCUUCGACUGCCCCUCCACCCCCGAGGUGUCACGGUACGGACCGUGUCCUCGCGCCCUCAGCGAGCCGGUGCGCAGAGGAAACACGGGCGUGUUCAUCCGCGGCCUGGAGGUCAGCAGCUCUGAGGCCGCCGACCACACGCUGUGCCCCAGGACCGCCGCUCACGGCUGGGCGGGACAGGGGCUCCGCAGCCCCGGGACCCCCAGAACCAGCCCAGCAGGAGAGUCCCGCCCCCGAGGAAGUAAGCUGCGUCACGUGGUGGAGGAGAUGGUGACCACGGAGAGGGAGUACGUGCGCUCUCUGCGUUACAUCAUCCAUCACUACUUCCCAGAGAUGGACCGAGCCGACCUUCCUCAGGAUCUCCGGGGGAAACGCUCCGUCGUCUUCGGGAACCUGGAGAAACUUCUGGACUUCCACAGUCAGUUCUUCCUCAGAGAGCUGGAGGCGUGCUGGAAACACCCGCUCAGAGUGCCGCACUGCUUCCUGCGACACCAGGAGCAGUUCAGUCUGUACGCUCUGUACAGUAAGAACAAGCCAAAGUCUGACACUCUGCUGGCCAAUCACGGGAACUCCUUCUUCAGGAGGAAGCAGAUGGAGUUAGGAGAUAAGAUGGACUUGUCCUCCUACCUGCUGAAGCCCAUCCAGAGGAUGAGUAAAUACGCUCUCCUGCUCACUGACCUCAUCAAGGAGGUGGGCGGGGCCCAGGAGGCGGAGCUUGUGGCGCUGCAGGCCGCCACCAACAUGGUCAAGUUCCAGCUUCGCCACGGAAACGACCUGCUGGCCAUGGAUGCCAUCAGAGACUGUGAUGUGAACCUGAAGGAGCAGGGUCAGCUGAUGCGUCAGGAUGAGUUCACGGUCUGGAGCGGGAGGAGGAAAUGUCAGCGUCACAUCUUCCUGUUUGAGGAGCUGAUUCUGUUCAGUAAACCUAAGAAGAUGGAGGGAGGUCUGGACGUCUUCAUCUACAAACACUCCUUCAAGACAGCAGACGUCGGUCUCACAGAGUCCACCGGAGACAACGGGCUGAGAUUUGAGAUCUGGUUCAGAAGGAGGACGUCAAAGAACCAGACCUUCAUCCUUCAGGCCUCCAUGUCAGAGGUCAAACACGCCUGGACCUCUGACAUCGCCCGCAUCCUGUGGACCCAGGCCACCAGGAACAAAGAGCUGCGUCUGAAGGAGAUGGUGUCGAUGGGAGUGGGAAACAAACCGUUUCUGGACAUCCAGCCGAGUGACGCCGCCAUCAGUGACCGAGCCGUUCAUUACAUCAUGAAGAGCAGAGGUGCUAGAACGCGGGCAUCCAUCGCUGUCUCCGUCUUUGAUCACUCCAACCCUUUCAAACGAGCAGCGGUGACCUCUGACCCCAUGACAUCAGGACCAUCUUCAACUAGCCUGCUGGGACCGCUCAAUCUGCACAUGUACAGUCAAACCUCGUCCUCCUCUCCUGCUUCUGAGAGCUCCUUCAUCACUUCCUGUAUUGAGGAAGACGAGCAGGAACAUGAGACCAGCAGCCAGCCCUCCAUGACCACAGAGAGUUCGGGCUCGUCGUCUCGAUGUCUCUCCGGCUCCACGGGCUCUGACAGCGGCUGCGUCUCCUCCCACCUGCAGGAGGCGCUGCCAGAGGAGCCCAGCCCCCUCAGCCAGCCUUCUUCCUCUUCCUCCAUCUCUUCCAACAAACAGCACCUCAACAGCCAGUACAUUUCACCUAAAGCAGCUCCGGUCAUCAGUCCGGCCACCAUCGUGUAAUCAGCUGACCUGAUGGACUCGACUGUGUGUGUUGCUGCUGCAGUGAGACACCAGGAGAGUCGACCUGUUGUCUGUAGUUUCUGAUCUGAGCUCAGUUUUAUUUAUGUUCAGGUUCAGUAGAGUUUAUGUUGGUAGCUGCUGUUUGUUACUGAUCCAGGAUCAGGUCUGUGUCUCUGAGCUGAUCCAGGAUCAGGUCUGUGUCUCUGAGCUGGUCCAGGAUCAGGUCUGUGUCUCUGAGCUGGUCCAGGAUCAGGUGGACUAACUGUACAUGUGUGUAAAUAAAGUGUCACUUUUCUUACCUGAGUAAUAAACACAGUUUGUUCAAAACUGA